AUGAAAAGGAGACUGGAGUUGGAGAGACGCAGGGACGAGGCUGCAUCUGCCAUAGAGGGAAAAACAGAUGAUGUAACGGAGACGAAGCAUGGUGGGAACCCCAAUUUGGACCCUUUGGAACCUCGCCAGAUGCAAGAACAGGACGAAAAUUCUGUGACGACCGCUGUGGUUACCGUUGUGGAUAUUGUUGUUGACAGUGGCUCUCGUACAAUAGGACAAUUCACAGUUCCCACGCUGCCUGCGACAAUUUCGGACUCUUCCCUCGGCUAUUUCACCAUUCCGUCAGACCUGACCACUCCCAUCAUCGUGUCGUCUACUCCAGCGUCUCCGGAAACUGCAACUUCUACACCAUCUGGAAACUCUGGCUCUCCAUCCCCUUCAGUGACGCCGACACCUACCCGGGAUAGUCGACUUCCUACGCCGUCUGACCAUUUCUUUUCGCACAUUCCGUCCUCUUCACGAGCGAUUCCUUCGCCAAGUGCAUUAUUCUCCGGUUCUUCAUCUGUUUCAUCCGCUUUGGCCACUUCCGCUUCAUCUGCUUCAACCUCAAUCUCGACAUCGGGUUCCAGAUCGUCAAUUUCCACCAUUCAGUCUGUUCUAUCUUCCUCGUCUAGCAGUGCAUCUUCCUCCGGCGUGACUUCCAGUUCUGCGCAGUCUAGCACAUUCGGUUCGACAAACGGGUAUUCCACCUCUGCAGCUACCACUGGAGCUGGUGCAGGCGCUGGUGGCUCAAUCUCUGGAAGCGGAAACAGUGGACAGCCUUCAUCAGGAGACGAUUCAAAUUCACAAGGCUCCGGUUCAGGUUCCUCUAGCGGAGUCAACACUCCCCGUGUAGUCGGAGGCGUCGUGGGGGGUGUGGCAGGUGCCUUCUUUCUGUUCCUUUUAGCACUACUUGUACUUCGGUGGAGAAAGAAAUAUGCUCAUAAGACUCGUGGGGCUCUUGCGUCUGACGAUGCGACAAGUGGUGCGGCCCGUUCAGAAUCUGGUGCGCCGAAUGCUGAGAUGAUGUCCCAACGGUCCAGCGUCACCCCUCUCGCAGCAGCCGCAGCUUCUGCAGGAUUCUUCAAUCGUUGGAGAAACUCGACGCAGACCGUGAGCACGCAAGAUACAACGCCAAGCGAGCGAGGAUUUCAGAAAAUCUCAGGGCGGAAGAUCCCCUCCGUGUUGCGUACAGGGGGUGAUGGCUAUGGUAGUGGUGGUGAGGAAGAAAUUGUUCCUGGUGCGGCAGCGUCCAGCACGGAUUUGUCCCCAAGGCCAGGCCAUCUUGCGACUGCACCAACGAUUGUGGAAACCACUGCUGAGGGAGAUGAGAAUUUUAUUCCUUUUGAUCGAUUUGAGCCCCCCUUAAGUGCGUCUACGACUCGAGCAAGUGAUGUGGACAGAAUGGACGGGGUCUUCAUGCGACCUUCGCCUGCUAGAUCUCCGGUAGCAAGUACCGUCAACCUACCUGAGUCUGGUCAAUCGCUUCCAACCCGUCAGGUAACUAGGGCUUCCUCUAUACCGCGGCGACCUGACCUGGUAGGCAGGAGUCACCCAAGUUGGGAUGGCAGCAGAGGCAGUCGAUUCACUGAAAGUAUCGACUGA